AUGAGUACCAGACUAUUUAGACUAGAUGCUGGCUAUCAGCAAUACGAUUGGGGUAAGAUAGGAUCUUCCUCGGCAGUGGCUCAGUUCGCGUCCCAUUCUGACCCAAAGGUUGUGAUAGAAGAAGGUAAGCCAUACGCAGAACUUUGGAUGGGUACCCACCACAAGGUCCCUUCUUUGAACCACGACUCCAAGAAAAGCUUGCGCGACUUGAUCGCUGAGGAACCCGUUGAGAUGUUGGGCGAUGGAAACGUUGAAAAAUUUGGUUCCAAACAAGAAUUACCAUUCCUAUUCAAAGUCUUGUCGAUUGAAAAGGUGUUGUCAAUUCAAGCCCACCCGGACAAGACCUUGGCGAAAAGGUUGCAUUUGGAGGAUCCUAAAAACUAUCCAGACGACAACCACAAGCCAGAAAUGGCCAUAGCCGUCACCGACUUUGAAGGCUUUUGUGGUUUCAAGCCGUUAGCUGAAAUUGCGGAUGAGCUACAACGCAUACCUGAAUUGAGAAAUGUCGUGGGUGAAGCGAUUAGCUCCGAUUUCAUCAACAAAUACACCGCUUCUGCCCAACCUGGGUCUAAAGAAGAUUUGCUCAACAAAGAACUUUUGCAAAGUGUCUUUGGCCAGGUUAUGAGAGCAAGUGAAGAAAAGAUCGUGACGAAUGCAAGAGCUUUGAUAAAAAGAGCUUCAAAUUCUCCAUCGGAUUUCAACAAAAAGGCGCUGCCCGAAUUGCUGAUCAGAUUGAACAAACAGUUUCCUGACGACGUGGGCUUGUUUUGUGGUGGCCUUCUUUUGAACCACUGUGUUUUGAAAGCAGGUGAGGCUAUUUUCUUGAGAGCCAAAGAUCCGCAUGCCUACAUCAGUGGAGACAUCAUUGAAUGUAUGGCUGCUUCUGACAAUGUCGUGAGAGCUGGCUUCACACCAAAGUUUAAGGAUGUUACAAAUCUUGUGGAAAUGCUGACUUACGCGUACGAUUCGGUCGAAGACCAAAAGAUGAAACUAGAAGAGUUUUCGAGGUCAUCUGGAGACGGAAAGUCUACACUCUACAAUCCUCCAAUUGAAGAAUUCGCUGUUGUAGAGACCACAUUUGUCGAUGGAGCUGGUGUGAGAAAGUUUGAUGGACUAGAUGGUCCUAGCAUUGUUAUCACGACCAAGGGUUCCGGGCAUGUGCAGACCAACGGUAUCAAGUUGAAAGCCGAGCCAGGUUUCGUGUUUUUCAUUGCGCCACAGACGCCUGUUGAAUUUAUCGCCGCGGAUAAUCAAUUCACAACCUACAGGGCUUUCGUGGAACCAAACUGA